AUGACCGACGCGACCACCGCGCGUCGUCGCGAGCGCAUGGAUGAACCCGAUGAUCUCGGCCCGAUAUCCGCCACUCCAGACCUCAUGGUGACGCGCGCGCUGGCGUUCGCCGACGUCUCGCCCGAUGACAUCGUGUACGACCUCGGGUGUAACGACGGUCGCGUGUGCGUCGCCGCGGCGCUCGAACGCGGCGCACGAAGCGUGGGGAUCGAGAUUGAUCCCGGCGCGUGCGCCGUCGCGCGCGAACGCGCGGCGCGCGCGAACGCGCUGUUGAAGAAGGAUUUAGUGCGCGUCGAGGAGGCGUCCGCGUUCGACGCGAGCGCGAGCGAGGCGACGGUGGUGUUUUCGUAUCUCUUGCCCAAGGGAAACGCGAAGUUGGGGGCGAAAUUGCUGAAAGAACUGAAACCAGGGUCGAGGGUGGUGACGUACUUGUUCAAGAUGCCCGAGGAGACGUGGGGGGAGAAGUUGACGCGCGUGGAGAGUUUCGCGAGCUCGCGCGAGCGAGCGGCGGGCGGCGUCGAUUCUUCGGCGUUUAACAAGCUGUACUUGUACGUCGUUUGA